ACAUUCUUGUACCAACUUCUUUAUGUUUGAAGAACAAGACCAAGUCUCGCAUCUACCUUUUCUUCUAUAGACUAAACAACUACACUUCUUUCAAGAUUUUUGAUCUUCUUUGAAGUGUCUUUAAAAAGUUGAGACACAGGAAAGGAGAAUCUGGACAAAAGUUUUUAGCUCGUUUCUUGGUAAAGAUGGCAGCCAACAAUGCAGUGCUGAACAGACUGGAGCAGAAGGGUGCAGAGGCCGAUCAAGUUAUUGAAUACCUCAAGCAACAAGUUGCUCUGCUCAAGGAGAAAGCUAUCUUGCAGGCAUCUCUCCGAGAAGAGAAGAAGCUCCGUGUGGAAAAUGCUAAACUGAAGAAAGAAAUUGAAGGACUGAAGCAGGAGCUGAUUCAGGCAGAAAUUCGAAAUGGAGUAAAACAGAUUGCUGUUCUGCCUGGUACAACCGUUUCUACAGUGUCAUUUUCAGAUGAUGUUCCACAAUCUACAGCAGUGACAUCAUCUCCUGGUUCCAAAAAUCAAAUUAAAGAUGAAGAUGAAGAAAAGAAAAAGAAGGAAAAAGCAGAAAAAAGAGGUGAAAAGAAGGAGAAGAAACAGCAGCCAGCUGCUGGAAGUAGUAAUGCAAAACCUGUAGAUGUUUCUUGUCUGGAUCUUCGUGUUGGCUGCAUUAUUACUGCUGAAAAGCAUCCAGAUGCAGACACUCUGUACGUUGAAGAAGUGGAUGUUGGUGAAGGAAGCCCAAGGACUGUUGUCAGUGGUUUAGUGAAACAUGUUCCUCUGGAUCAGAUGCAGAACCGGAUGGCAAUACUACUCUGUAACUUGAAGCCUGCAAAAAUGCGAGGGGUAGUAUCUCAAGCAAUGGUGAUGUGUGCCAGCUCCCCAGAAAAAGUGGAAAUUCUGGCUCCCCCAGCUGGGGCAGCACCUGGGGAUAGAAUCACUUUUGAAGGUUUUCCUGGAGAUCCUGAAAAGGAACUUAAUCCCAAGAAGAAGAUUUGGGAACAAAUCCAACCUGAUCUUCAUACCAAUGACCAGUGUGUCGCUACAUACAAAGGAGUUCCGUUUGAAGUGAAAGGAAAAGGAGUCUGCAGGGCAGAGACCAUGGCAAAUAGCGGAAUUAAAUAAAUAGUUAUUAGAAGUUUUUUCAGACAUUGAAAUGGAAAGUAAUGCAAGCACAAUAAAAAACAUGA